UAUUAAUGGUAAAUUAUUGUAAAGCUCUUUAAAUUAUUAUUUUUGGUAAAGCCGAUAAACAUUAAUAAGUACUGAGUCGGUACGUACAUCUAGGCACUUUCUAUCCAAUAGUGCCAAAUAUAAUAUUUAAUUGUAAUUAACAGUUAUGCAUACUAAAUUAUUAUUAUUUUAAUCAAUUAUCGUCAUGAAAUUAGUGGAUAAUUUAACCAUAGGUAACCAUUCAAUAAAUAACAUUUCAUCAACUUGUAACCAUAAAUGAAACUUACGGCACACACAAAGCUAUUUAUAUUCGUAAAUAAACAAGUGGAGGCCAAUGUGGAGGCAUCUUAUUUGGCGUUCCGUCAUGCCGGUCGUCUCGCGCUCUGUCACAAGGAAUUACGAUAAACUUGUACGCUCUCGUUGGGUGGUCACUUCAUAAUUUUCAACUUAUUCGGGUACUUAACCCUUUUAUCAACACGUAGGUAUUAUAAAUGUGAUUGUGACUUUGUUACGUUUUUACGCCUUAUCUACUCAACUGAUUAUAAUGAACUUAAGAACGCACCUCAGGGGUACAAAAUGCGUGAUAAGCACUUGACGAGAACAAAAGCCACAUUGCUAGGUCAAACCGUAGUCAUUGGAAGAAAAGUGACAAAGGGUAACGAAGUGAAAGAAAAAGUACAACUAGAAGGAGGGCUUCAAGGAGGUACUGCAGAGAUCGUAAACGAUCGUCCAAUCAUUGGUAUUUUGGCCCAGGAACAAUCUAAAUAUCUACAACAGAAAUUCCCCAGAGAACAUUAUACAAGUUAUAUCGGAGCUUCGUAUGUCAAAGAUGUUGAGGCGUCUGGUGCAAGAGUAGUUCCUCUUAUGAUUGGGAAAGGUCGAGAUUAUUAUGAAAAUGCUCUGCAGAAACUCAAUGGAGUGUUACUUCCCGGGGGAGCUACUUACUUUAACCAGUCGAACGGGUUUGCUGACGCCGGACAACACAUUUAUGACAUCGCGUUACAGAUGAACGCAGGCGGUGAUUAUUUUCCAAUUUUCGGAACUUGCCUUGGCUUCGAGCUUCUUAUAAUAUUAGCAUCUCGACGAGAAUCCGGCGAAAACAGAGUGCCCUGUUACUCUUUCAAGAGCUUGCCGCUACAAUUUACUAAAAAUGCCCGGACAAGCAAAAUGUUUAGAAAUGCUCCAAAUGAUAUUAUGACAAUCCUUGCAACAGAAAACGUAACAGUCAACGCACACCAGUUUUGUAUAGUCGAUGAUAAUUUGAUAUCACACAAUCUGACAAACGAUUGGAGGAUUACAUCACACAGCGUUGAUGACAAUGGCACACAAUUCAUCGCGAGUAUGGAACAUAAACGGUAUCCCUUCUACGGAGUACAGUUCCAUCCUGAAAAGAGUGCAUUCGAAUGGAAGGCUUCCAAACAGUAUCCUCAUACUGCGAACGCAAUCAGAGCGAAUCGCUAUUUCAUGGACUUUUUUGUGAACGAAUGCAGGAAAAGCUCCCAUUGUUUUAUAAACACAACAGAGGAGAAUGAAUAUUUAAUAUAUAACUACACGCCCGUGUUUACUGCUCCUGUGGGAAGUGCUUUACAGCAAUGUUACUUCUUCGAGCCCCGUGGCGAAACAAAGGGUCCUUUAGACGAAAAUAAUGAUUUGGAAUCUACAAUCUAUCAAUUGGAACAAAUGUAAAUGUAGAGUUUGGUAGCGUAUUAGCUAUUACUAGUACGACACGGGCUUUCAACAACUUGAAACAGUCGUUACAAGAGCGCUGCUAAUUUGCAUCAGAAAUAUAUUGCUUUUAAUAGUAUUUCAUAUUUGUAACAAUACAACGGGGAAGUCUUUGCGCGUAUAGUAUGUAUGUAUGUAUAAACUUGUAAUAAAAUCUAUUUGGAUGUACUAAGUCUUUGGUUUUGACUUUCAAAAAGGAAAUAAAUUAGUAAAAUGUAUGGUUCCAAUCAUUUUUCAUUUGUUUUUAUUUCUGUUAAAAUACGUGAGAAAUUAAUUAGAUUACAAAAAUUUU